AGGGCUCAAGAGUUUCUGCCGAGAGUGUUAAGAGAGGCCACGGGAUCUAAGCCGUACGAGAAGAGUACAGACGAGGUCCGAGGAAGAAGAAGCCACGGAUGGGGAUGACCUAACCAAAGAAACGAUGGUCCACCAGCUGAAUGAAUGUGAAAUCUUUAACCAACAUACCUAAGACGGAGAGACGUAGCUCCGAGCAAACCAAAGCUUUUCCUUAUACCAAAGCCGAUCCAAACCAAAAACAAGCUCGCCCGUCUCCUCGACUGCAUUUCUCGACGUCAGAGAUGAAGGGCGAUAGCACAUCGGGGGACACGGGCGCAUGGAGGGAAGUGGACUUCGCUCUCAACUGUACCUACAUUGUACCGGAUCAGGUCUCCAACCCGGGUUUCAACCUUCCCAAAGCCAUGACUUCCAUCCCACGCAACCUCUCCUUUGAAUACAACAAAGACAACGAGGUGAUCGGUGUGUUCAGCAAAGAGUACAUCCCUCAGGGGACCCGGUUCGGUCCCCUACAAGGCGACAUCUACACCAAAGACGACGUCCCCAAACAGGCCAACAGGAAAUACUUCUGGAGGAUUUACAGCAACGGGCAGCUGCAGAACUUUGUGGACGGCUAUGACGUCCACAGAAGCAACUGGAUGCGUUACGUCAACCCGGCCAGGUCGUUGGCCGAGCAGAACCUGGUGGCGUGCCAAAACAGCCGAGACAUCUACUUCUACACCAUGCGGCCCGUGGAGCCCAAAGAGGAGUUGCUGGUGUGGUACAGCCAGGAGUUUGCCCAGAGGUUGUGCAGCCAACAGGACAAUGUCAAACACAAAUACACGAACGACGAACACGGCAACAACAAGCAGCAUCAAGCUCAGCAAAUGUGGCUGAAGGAGUCAAGAAAAGAAGAGGCAAAAGAGGAGAGGAAUGACGAAGGAGAAGUGGACGUAGAGAUGCUAGGAAGAGACACGCCCCCUGACACUCCUGAUGAACUCAUCAUGGACUUCAGCAAAAAGAUCGAAAAAGAGGAGAAGAUCAAAAGGGAUCCGGAGGAUUGUGGGUUCCUUCCAUCCUCCCGGCCCGAACAAAGAGGCCUUGGAUUGAAUCCUCCGUACUUUCCAGAACAUCACCCCGCAUUAGCGUCCGAUCGCCGAAGUCUGCCUCUCCACCUCCAUGGUAUCUACGGCCACCGGGAAGGGCUGGUGUCCUCUUACCCGCUUUACCCUCAGUCCAGAACACUCCAGCCCGCAUACCAGCUCCUCCCUCCCUACACUUCGCACUAUCCUCGUCUACUCCUGCCUUCAUACUCCCCUCCAUUUCCGGGGAUGCUGCCUUCCAGAGGAUCCCUCCGGUAUGGCAGCUAUCUGGGCACUGAUGGGCUACCGUACCCUCCCAUCAGCACCCCGAGUCUACUUCCCAUGUCCCUCCAAUACCCUCCAUCUCCACAGGGCAGUUUGAAAGAACUAACCCCCAAUGUGUCCCCGCCGAGAGGUGCGCCGGCGACCCCUGAACUCUCUCCCAUUCCCAAGCCAAUGAGCCAGCUUCCACCACCUGAACAGACUUCCUCAAGCUGCGACGAGGCAAUGAACCUAACCUUGGACACUAUCAAAGGCAACUCGGUGCUGCGAAACCGUCCUGGACACAAAUCUUUGCCCUAUCCACUGAAAAAGCAGAACGGGAAGAUCAAGUAUGAAUGUAACAUCUGUUCAAAGACUUUCGGACAGUUGUCUAAUCUCAAGGUUCACCUCCGAGUGCACAGUGGUGAGAGGCCUUUCCAGUGCAACUUGUGCAAAAAGAGUUUCACUCAGCUGGCCCAUCUACAGAAACAUCACCUAGUCCAUACAGGGGAGAAACCGCACGAGUGUCAGGUGUGUCAAAAGCGAUUCAGCAGCACCAGCAACCUAAAGACUCACCUCCGACUCCACUCCGGGGAGAAACCAUACCAGUGCAAACUCUGCAGCACCAAGUUCACCCAAUACAUCCACCUCAAGCUGCACCGCCGCCUGCACAGCGGCCGCGACCGCCUCUACCACUGUCAGCUGUGCUCCCAGGCCUUCUUCCACCGCUUCUCCCUACGCAUCCAUCAACGCAGCUGCUGCCCGGCCAACGCCGGCUCGGCGGCUAACGUGCACAUGAAAGAAAUGCUGGAGCGCUUCGACGCCAGCCAGGAAGCCGACACGCUGGCGGAAACGGCGUCGGCGCCACAGGUGGAGGAGGCCGUGGAGAAAUGGCUCGCUCGCACCUUUGAAGGCGACGGCAAGGAAGACCAGAAAGAGGCCACUCUCCUGCUGAAAGAUCUGACUGUGGCUAUCAACGCGCCCGCUUCCACGCCGGCCUAUCAGGAGAGAGCCAGCGUGUUGCAUCUCAACAAGCGGCCGACGGUGAAGGCGGAGAGCCAGUGAGACACAAAGGAGAUUGAAAGAUGGACCAUAGAGAACCCGUGUCGCCAAAUGUAGCCUGGAUUGUGAUCGUCCAAGAGGGCUUCAAACCAACACACCAAAAUAAGAGCAUUCCAAAGACAGGACUUUUCUCCCAAAGAGUUACACAAAGGUGGAAGAAAGAACAAACAAAACAAAAAAAACCCAAGGGAUCUUGUUAAGCUGUGAAGUAAAUUGUUUUCACUCAGGUAGACUAUUUUUUUUUGUGUGUUAACUUAUUUUUGAACUUGUUUAGUGGUGUUUGUUUAUUUAUUUAGUUGUUUAAUGCAGUGUUUUUCAACCUUUUCUGAGCCGAGGCACACUUUUUCAUUGAAAAAAUUCUGAGGCACGCCACCAGCAGAAAACAUUAAAAAAAUUAAACUCAGUAAAAAGACAUUCUUUGAUGUGAAUUCAAACCAUAAUUGUCACUAUAGCUCAUCUCAAAGUAGGUGUACUGUCACAUUAUUUUGACUUUUUGGGUGUUUUCGUUCGUGUAGUGUUUGAGUUUUUGUCUUGCGUUCCUAUUUUGUUGUUGAUUGUCAUGUCAUUUACGGACGUACUUUGUGGACGCCGUCUGCUCCACACGCUGUAAGUCUUUGCUGUCGUCCAGCAUUCUGUUUUUGUUUACUUUACAGCCAGUUCAGUUUUAGUUCUGCAUAACCUUCCCUAAGCUUCAAUGCCUUUUCUUAGCGGCAUUCGUCUAAGCUUCAAUGCCUUUUCUUAGCGGCAUUCGUCUUUAGUUUAUUUUUGGUUUAGGCAUUAGAUACCUUUUUACCUGCAAACCAUUGUCGUCGUUCCCGACAUCUACAAAGUAAUCAGCUCCCUGCUGCCACCCACUGAUAUGGAAGAGUAUUACACGGUUAUUCUACCGAGCUCCAGACAGUGCAGACUUUCAAUGUCGUCACAUUUACGGACUAUAAUUUGUGGUUUGCAAUAAGUUUUUGUCUUGCGUUCCUAUUUUGCUGUUGAUUGUCAUGUCAUUUAUGGACGUGCUUUGUGGACGCCGUCUGCUGCACACUCUGUAAGUCUUUGCUGUCGUCCAGCAUUCUGUUUUUGUUUACUUUACAGCCAGUUCAGUUUUAGUUCUGCAUAACCUUCCCUAAGCUUCAAUGCCUUUUCUUAGCGGCACUCGUCUUUAGUUUAUUUUUGGUUUAGGCAUUAGAUACCUUUUUACCUGCAAACCAUUGUCGUCGUUCCCGACAUCUACAAAGCAAUCAGCUCCCUGCUGCCACCCACUGAUCUGGAAGAGUAUUACACGGUUAUUCUACCGAGCUCUAGACAGUACAGACACUCAAUGUCGUCACAUUUACGGAUUAUAAUUUCUGGUUUGCAAAAAAUAUUUUUAACCCAAUUAGGUGAGAUUAGAUAAUCUCCCACGGCACACAAGACCGUAUCUCACGGCACAUUUAGUGUGCCGCGGCACAAUGGUUGAAAAACACUGGUUUAAUCAAUGCUAGGCAAAACAAGGCUCAGGAUCAGUAGUGACAAUAGUUUAUCAUCCUUGCUUCUUUUGUGUGUUGUGUGUGUCUCGUGUCUGGCACCAAUCAUUUUCCUGUUUGACAAUGACUAAUUUAUUUAUUUAUUACUAAAAAGGGAAAAAAUUGACAUAUUUACAAUAAGUAUUACAACAAAGUGCCGCCAAAUAAAAAGCUAUACUCGAAACCGUUUAUAUGGUCGUAAAACAUGUGUUUUAAGCAACCCUUGCAGUGCUUAUUGAAUAGUGAUGAAGUUGGUAGUUUGCACUGUACAUAAUAUUCCAAAACAAGCUUAAUCCAAAUCCUUUCUUCACAUGGUACUUAAGUAGAGCUGACAUUAUCCAGUGAAUAACAAAACAGCGCAAUGUUUGUCAUUAAGCACAGAAAGUGGGUAAAAACACAACAAUGAUGGGGAAAUUUUCUUGUUUUUUUUUCCACAAUAUGUAUAUGUUGCUACACAUGUACUGUAUGUCUUAUCAUUUUUUUAGGUUUGUUUUUAUACAAGAUUUGACCCUGUAGUUUAUUUUUGGAAGCAGGUUUGAGAUUGUAAGAAUUUAUAUGUGAGAUACUAUUUUGAUGAUACUUUUAUAUGAUUUAGAAUAAUAAAGAUAUUGUUUCUAUA